GGACGUCGUCCUGCUGGAGAUGGCUGUGCACAACCUCGCAGGCUGCAUUGGACUCACGGUGGCGCACACACGAAGAUUCCCAGCCUCAAGGUUCAGCCUCGCCUUGCUUGCACUCGACCCGUACUAUCUUCGUCGCGUGGGCGUCCCUAGACUCAAGCGGUACAUCGAGCUAGCCAACGCGGAAGGGCUCCUCCUCUACUUCAAGAAGACCAAGGGCGAAGGGAUGGUCAUCGCAGGCAAGGGCUUUGGCUACUGAGAAGCAGGAACGAGGCAGGCUGGAUGCAACCGCAGCGACGCCAGUGCCGUCAAGAGAAGAUUCGCAAGCUUGGCUAGUGAUGAGCUGCUCGGGCAUGGGCCGGCUCUGCCAUGCGCUGUCUGCGCAUCCGAACGGCCGUGAACGCUCAGACUGACUGAUGUGCCAGAAAGGACGCGCCGCCCUCACACCUGCUCCUCACACUCUCACCUCGCUCACUCGACGACGCCCAGCAGCCAUGUUCCGGCGUCGAGAUGUCUCAUCUCACCCUCAGCGUGAAGCCUUCGACCCCCAAGACGAUUCUGACGGUGACGAUGUCCUGGAGCGCUUCUUCGUUUUCGUGG